AUGGCUCACAUUACAGUAUUAACAGCAAAGUCUACUUUUAAAUUGGAAAAGUUACCACCAACUGUUGGAGCAACUUCGCAACACUCCUAUAGAGGAUAUUUUCAGCUUCAAACGUGGUUUGGAAACAAAAGAACUGCAACCAACUGGGGUUGGAAAGAAAGUAUUGCAAAUAAUUCAAAAAUACGUAUACCUCGCUUUACAAUAGCCUUGGUCAUCCCUGAAGAAUUGUUAAAAACAAUCUCGUGCAGAUGCGAAACCAGUUUUAAAGGUAACAGAUGUGGGUGUCAAAAACAUCGCAGGAUGUACCGAGUUAUGUACAAAGUGUCUGAAAAUUGUAGUGACUCUGAAGAUAUUUCAACUGAAAUUAAGCAGCCAAGUCUUUUGCUUCAACCUGGAAAACCAAUUACCAGAGGACUUUAAUAACAGAGAGGAAAUAAUUAGAAAAGAUGAGCAAGAAACCGAUUUUAAUCAAGGGUCGGACGAUGAAGAUCAAAUGACUGGCGGCAAAAAGAGCAAGAAUGAACUAGUAAAUUAAUUUUUUUCAUCCAUUUUGAUAUAAAAAAUCUGAAUUUUUAAAUACAUCCAUGAAUUCAUUAAAAUUUAAAAAUAUUUCAUUAGGCAAUCGAUUCUACUUUAACUGGAACUAAUUCGUCAAAACCUCAGGAUAAAAUAUUUGGAUAAAACUUAAAAACAGGUCGAUUUACAUUUCUUGUGGGAUUUCAAGUAAUAUUAAAAAAAAUUCAUCCCUUUUAAGGGGUGAAACCUAACCCCACUUGAUUUUUUUUAAAUGGGAUGAUACUACUUGUUGGAAAGCUGUUUUAAAAAGAAAAUUGACUGCAUUUUUUCUCAUUUCAAUUUUAUAGCGAAUAAUAAUAUAUAAAUAUAAAUGUAAAGCUGACCGACCUUACACAAAAAUCAAAAUUGGAACUUUAGGUAGGUUAAACACGUU